AUGCAGGCCGCCGCUCCUCCGCCGCUCGCCUUCGAGCCCGUGCCGACCCUGUCCCUCAUCGACUCGCUGUACCAGAGCCGCCAGACCCUCCUGUUCGACACGUUCGCCAUCUUCAAGUCGCCCUCGCGCCCGCGCACCGGCACCAUCUCGGAACAGCCCCACUCGCUCGAGCACAUCGCCACCGCCAACCUCGCCAUCGGACCCCACUCGUUCCCCGACACGCGCCUGUACCUGUGCGAGUGGGCCCAACCGGCAGCGACCGCACCGCCACCGCCACCGGCCCCGACCCUCAACCCGGCCGCCAUCACGCCCGCCCUCAUCGCCCGCCUCAACGCCGCGUCCCAGACCGACCCGGCCCUCGCCGCCAUCCUCCAAAAGGCCGCGUCGGGCCAAGCCUCGCCUGAAGAGCUGAGCGGCCUCGCGCGCUACAUCGACGACAUGCGCCAAGAAGAGGCCGGCGCCCCUCCUCCUCCAGCACCCGCACCCGUACCCGCACCACCCGCCGACUCGUCCGCCGCACCCCUCCCGACCCACCCUUCCCUCGUCCUCGAGUUUCGCGAGCUGAGCGGCGGCGAGCAGUUCAUCCUCCCCGCCCACUACAUCUACUCGCCCCUCCACUCGCACGUCCCGCAGCCGCUCGGCGCGCAGGACGUCCUCCUCUCCUUCUUCGUCUUCCCCUCGGAGCGCGCCUCGACGCCGUCCAUGUUCAAGCGUGGCCGGCCCCGCUCGGCGCCGCAGGGUCAAGGACUCGACGGCGCCGCCGCCGGCCUCGACCAGGACGCGCCCGUGCCCGUCGACAUGAUCGUCCAGGGCUGCGGCGAGUACGCGCGCGAGUGCAUGUUUCGCGCGGCGCGCAACGGUCGCAAGAAGGACGAGCAGGUCGAGAUGUGGUGGCGCCAGAUGAUCAGCUCGGUGCCCUCUCGCACCCACGUCCUCUUUGUCCCGCCGCCGCGCCCUUCGGCCCGCGACGCGACCCCGCCCGACGGCGCGCUCGACUCGACGGCGGCGGCGCACGGGCACCCGGCGUCGUCGGCGCUCAGUCGAACGGCGAGCCAGCUUGCGGUCGGUGGCGCGGCGACGCCCGGGUCGGCGAGCGGCGGUGCGGCGGGGCAGAAGAGGGGAGGGACGCCCAAGGAGGGACCGGGUGGGGGCAAGAAGGCCAAGCUGGGUGGAGGAGGCAAGAAAGGUCCUCGAGCCUCGAACGCCCGGUCCGUCUCGAACCUUGCCGGCUCGCCAACCGCCUCGCCCGGGCCCUCGUCGCUCGCCGGCUCGCCUGGCCCCCUGGGCCUCGACGACGACCCGGCGCUCGUGAGCGUCGUGAGCAGCGGUGCGGGCGGGAGGAGGCCGACGCGGCGGGCGGCGGCGUCGAGGAAGGGCAGGAAGACGUACAACGAGGACAGCGGCGACGACGACUUUGGGGUCAAGGAGGAGCGAGGGUGAGCGGCUUGCAGUGCACCCGCCUUU